AGAAGAGGAGGAUACACGUAAGACGGCAAACCAUUUGCCGUCUGCAGGGGUGCUAGCUCCCUAGCACCGCCGCGCUUCUUCAUUGCGUUGGUCUGCUGGUUUUCUUGGUCAUACCAUAUCUCGAUACUCGCCUUCCCUCUUCAUCCAUAGCUCGUCCUUGGCUCGAAUAAAUAGCAGCUCUUCUUCACCAAAGAUUUAUUGGUGGGAGCGAUUGGAUUCUAAUGGAUUUCGACGAGUACGAGUACUUGGAGAAGACGGUGGAGAACGCGGAGGUUCCGAAGGAGAAGGAAGGGGUGAGUGGUAACGGGGAGGCGAAGGACCGGAGCAGGAGCUCCAAGCACCGGUCUGAGGAGGCGGAUAGGGACUCGGAUCGCCGCUCGAAGCGGACAAGGUCGGAGGAUGAUGGUGGCCGAGACCGGGAUCGGCGACGAGAGAGGGAGAGAGAUGGGGAGCGGGACUGGCACAGGACCGGGAGGGAUCGCCGAGACAGGGAGCGGGAUGAGAGGAACGGGAAGGAGAGGGAUCGUGAUAGGGAGAGGGAGAAGGAGAGGGAUAGGGAGCGUGACAGGAUCAGAGAGCGCGAGAGGGAGAGGGAGCGUUCGCGCCGGAGCAGGAGCCGCUCAGAGAAGUAUCAAGAUGAGGAGCGAGACAGGCACAGGGAGAAGAGCAGGGAGCGGGAGAUCAAAGAAAGGGAGAGGGAGUUCAAAGAUAGAGAUCGUGAUCGUGAUGCCAGGCGAAGAAAAGAGGAAGUGGUGGAGCCAGAGGUUGAUCCAGAGCGGGAUCAAAGAACCGUAUUUGCCUACCAGAUUUGUUUGAAGGCAGAUGAGAGAGAUGUCUAUGAGUUUUUCUCAAGGGCUGGGAAGGUUCGGGAUGUGCGCCUCAUUAUGGAUCGCAAUACAAGACGUUCUAAGGGUGUUGGAUAUAUUGAGUUUUAUGAUGCCAUGUCAGUUCCAAUGGCAAUAGCUCUCUCUGGCCAGCUGCUUAACGGCCAACCGGUAAUGGUUAAGCCUUCAGAGGCUGAGAAGAAUUUAGUGCAGUCAAAUACAGCUGGAGGAGCCGGUGGGCUUAUUGGGCCUUAUUCUGGUGGGGCUAGAAGAUUGUAUGUUGGCAAUCUUCAUUUCAACAUGACAGAAAGUCAGCUUCGACAGGUGUUUGAACCGUUUGGUACUGUGGAGCUAGUUCAACUGCCCCUUGAUCCAGAGACUGGGCUCUGUAAAGGUUUUGGCUUUGUUCAAUUUGCACGUCUUGAAGAUGCUAGAGCUGCUCAGAGUUUGAAUGGGCAGCUAGAGAUUGCUGGCAAGACAAUCAAGGUUUCUGCUGUGACGGAGCAAGGAGGAAUGCAAGAUCUUGGUGCAAAUGCUGGUGAUUUUGAUGAUGAUGAGGGUGGAGGCUUGUCUCUAAAUGCUCGCUCUAGAGCUCUGCUGAUGCAGAAAUUGGACCGCACUGGAACUGCUACGAGUGUUGCUGGUGCACUAGCCACGCCUGCUGCCAAUGCUCCCCUGACUGUGCCAACAGCGUCAGUACUUGGUGCCCCUCCCUUGGUUGCUCCUCUUUUACAGCCUACUCUACCUCCUGUCUUAGGCUUACCAGGUUCAGCUCUUCCAGUUGCUUCCACUGCUCCACAACCUGCUGAAACUGUUGGUGCCCCUAGUGAAUGUUUGCUGCUGAAGAAUAUGUUUGAUCCAAAUGUGGAGACUGAACCAGAUUUUGAUUUAGACAUUAAGGAAGAUGUUCAAGAUGAGUGUUCAAAAUUUGGCCCGGUAAAGCAUAUCUUCGUAGACAAAAAUAGCGCUGGCCAUGUAUAUAUUCGUUUUGACAGUCCAACUUCAGCCAUCAAUGCACAGCGUGCCCUCCAUGGAAGGUGGUUUGCAGGGAAGAUGAUCACUGCGACGUUCAUGCUCCCUCAAAAUUAUGAAGCAAAAUUUCCAAGCGCCAGCUAGGUAGUUGGAAGGUGAACAUGCUAUACCGAAGCCUUGGGGCAGCUUUUCUGAGACUAAGCUGAGAAGGGGCUUGCUUUUUACAUCCCUUUCUUGUCUCUUACAAUGUCAGCUUCCGUGUCUUACAUUGCCAUCUUGCAAUAUUUAGAGACGUGCAGCAGAACUGUGGACAAUGAUCCCUAAAUGCUCUCUUUGUUGUUUUAAAGCUCAAGCCCGGUGCUUUUCAGCACUCCUUGCUGACCCUUCCGUGGUCUUAAUAUCCUUGAUUGGAUUGCAGCUGUAGUUACUUAUUUGUGAAUAUAUUUAUAAUAAUGUAUGGACAAUAUUGUUUUCAAAAGUUAAUGUUAUCUCAUUCUAGUUAGCAGUUA